AUGUGGAGAUUUUCAAUUGGGUUGCUAUACGACCUGAUUUUUAUGGUAAUAUGGUUUUGUGUACAAUUACAAUGGAAAGUUUUUAUUUUUCUCUUGGGACCAUGCAGAAUGAUAAUAAGCACAUUUACUGACUCAAUUCCUAUAUGGUUGGAUGAUAAAUAUCAACUUCAUGAUGAUUAUAAAAUUUUAUCUUAUUCAAGUACGGAAAUUUUAGCAUAUAUUAGGUCUGUGAGGAAAAAUGAAUUUCAUGGUUGGGAUAUUUUUACUCAAAAUGUCUUCUUACAACCAGAUAGCCUACUAUUGAUUUAUAUUAGGCCCCUAGCCUAUCAAAAGGGUCAAUAUCAAUUAGAGACAUAUACUUAUAAAGAUAUAUACGAAUUCGUACUCCGAUUGAGUUAUGUUUUACAUUUUCAAUAUUCGAUAUGCCCAGGUGAUCGUAUCGGAAUUAUUUUUACAAAUAAGCCUCUAUUUAUCUUGUUAUGGUUAGCAUUAUGGAAUAUUGGUGCAUUGCCCGUUUGCUUUGAAAGUAGUAAAGAGGAUUAUCAGUUAUUAGAAGAAUCAAUAAAAUUGUCAAGUAUUUCACAAUUAUUUAUUGACCCAGAAUUAAGUUCUUUUAUUAGAAAAAUUACUAAUACUUCGAAAUUAAGAUCGAUUAAAUUUAAUAAUAUUCAUGAGCAAGAUUUAAUGAAAAUCUUAUUGAGUCCAAAUUCACCAAUUUUUUUACAAAAUCAAACGAAGAGAAAUUCCAAAUUAGGGAAUGACUUAAAUAGUGGAAUUAUAUUUAUUAAAUAUUCAAAUUUAAAUGUACCACCAUCACAAAUUAAGAUACGAUUGAAAAAUAUUUCUUGGAGAAAGAUUGGAUUAAGCUAUAAAUUGUUUAGUAAUAUCCUAAAGAUUGAUCAUAAAAGUAUAGUAUUUACAACUGUGCCAUUAUACCAUGCAAGAUCAUCUAUGUUAUGUGUUUGGACUACUAUAUUACAAGGUGGUUGUACUGCAAUUGGCCAUUCAUUUACCACAAACACUUUUUGGAAGCAAGUAUUUAUGACUCAGGCAACUCAUAUCCAGUACUCUGGUGAAUUAUGCAGAUAUUUGCUAAAUACUCCACCUUCCACGUAUGAUAAUUUACAAAAAACUCAAAUUGCUUACGGUACUGGAUUAAGAAAAGAUAUUUGGAUGAAAUUUAAAAAUAGAUUUCAUAUUCAAUCCAUCGGAGAGUAUUACGAAAAAUUUGAUGAUAAUUCAAUUUUGACACCCAUUAAUUUCCAAUCAAAUGAACGAAAUAUAGGUUCUUGUAGAAGCCAUGGAUUAUUAUUGACGUUUAUUUUAUCAUUUUCUCAUAAAAUGAUUGAUAUCUCUCAAAUCGAGUAUUCAAAUAAAGAAUAUAAUAAUGGCUCUAAUUCUUCCAUUUCUGUUUCUACAGAUAAUUCUAAUGUUUUUGAAAUAGAAAUAAACCAUUACAAAAAUAUUAUACGGCAGAAUCAAAAUAAAAAAUUACAGACUGGUAAUCCAUCAUGGUUAAUAACACAUGUAUUUUCACCUACACAAAAGAAGGAAGCUUUAAAAAACCAUCAACACCCAGAAAAUAAUAUUUCAAAUGAUAAAGAAUAUCAAUCCGACUUAAUCUUAUCAAAUCUGUUUAAUUAUAAUGAUAUGUGGAUAAAAAAUUCAGAUAUUUUCACUAUUGAUAGAAUAAAUAAAUCUUGGUAUUUACAGGAUACAAACCAGAAUGAAUUUUUUAUUAAUAAUCAGUUAAUUCUAUCUAUUAAAAUUGAAGAUGAAUUUUAUAAUUAUGGAUAUAAAAAUAUUUUUCAAGUUAUAAUUAUUGGUAAACAAAUUCAAGAAAAAUUGUUUAAUGUUGCAUAUAUUAAAUUAAAUAAUCAUCCAGAAGACAGAAAGGGGAAAACUAAAAACUUGGCACACAUGGAACAAACUAUCGAAAAUUUCCUUAACAGUAUAAGACAUCAAUUAGCAAAAAGAUUACUUCCAGAAGAAAUACCUCAGUUUAUAAAAAUUGUCGAUGAGUUCAAAUUAACUGAUGAUUAUUUCAUCUCUAAGGAGUAUUAUAAAUUACAAGAGGAAUUUCCAUUCGGUAGUAUGAAACGUUGGAAUGAGUUAAUUUCUCUUAAUGACGAAAAUAAUGAAAAAGUAUUUAGGUUAAAUCAGGUACGGUACUUAUACAAAUUGACAUCAUGA